UCCAACAUGGCGCCUCGCAUAUCUGCUUGACUUAUGUCAACAAGACCGAAACGCCGCUGAAGGUAAACGGGGGCUUUAUAAGGACACUAACUAAUAAUACAUCGACAGGGACGAUGAAAGUGUUGUUGGCUGUGUUAAAGCAAAUCCACAAGCCAGCUCUUUGCACCGGUAACCCGCGCUGUCUGAGCUCCGGGGCCACCAGCGGCCUGUUACCUCUCCGGGAUGAAGCUCCAAUGGUGGGCUCCAGCCCGGAGCUGGUGCAGAAGCUGGGCUCGCAGGUGGAGGUGAGGACGGACUUCAUCACUGAGGAGGAAGAGGCUGCGUUUCUGCGUGAGCUGGACCCAGGCCUGAAGAAGAAACGCUACGAAUUUGACCACUGGGACGAUGCAAUCCACGGGUACAGAGAGACUGAGCGUCUGAGGUGGGGCACGGCAUGCGAAGAGAUCUUGAAUCGGGUCCGAUCUACAGCAUUUCCUGAAGGUAGCCAGCUCCUCGGCCCUGUGCAUGUUAUAGAUUUGGACAAGACUGGCUACAUCAAGCCCCACAUCGACAGUGUCAAGUUCUGUGGAAGCACCAUUGCAGGGUUGAGUCUGUUGUCUGACAGUAUUAUGCGCUUAGUGAAGGAGGACACACCCAGUGAAUGGCUGGACCUGCUGCUUUCCCGACGCUCCCUCUACAUACUGAGGGACCAGGCCAGAUAUAAGUUCACUCAUGAGAUCCUGAAAAAUGAGGAGUCUGUGUUCAACGGGCAGAGAGUGCCUCGGCAGCGACGCAUUUCUGUCAUCUGUCGUAACCUUCCAGGAUAAGCUCCACCUCUAAUAUCUGCCUUAACAGCAACAGAUUAUCAAGUCCAACUUUGAGGUUUCUGCCAGUGAUACUCAUGGAGAUAUCAAGGCUAAGAUCUUUCAAGUUUAUUAGCGACUAUAAAUGUGUGUGUUCAGAAUGUUUAUUGGACGUGACGCUCUUCUGGUCAUGCUGUUGAAAAAGACUAUGAAUUGAUUCAAUAUAAAUGGCAUUCUUCUAAAUUUGCACUGGAUCCUGCCGAAGACGUCAGAUUUAAACAUAUCUGAAUGUUGUUUUCGGUUCAACAUUAAAGUGUUGUUUCAGAUUUGUGUAUUUAUAUAAUAAUUUCAUCACUUUGUUGCGCUUUUCUAAUUCUGUAUAAUACAGAGUCUCUUUGUGAAACAUUUCCAAUGUACCUUAACAAAUAAAAUUAUGAUCUUGAAUGCUUUAAAAACUUUUAACUGAACACUGUGUGAGAACUCACAAAUUGGAUUAUUAAUGAAUAUAAUUAGGAAUAAAUUACACAAAUACGCAGCUGGACAACACUUGGAGUGAAGUGCUGUGAAACAACAGCACUUUACUCCAAUUCUUUAAGUACUGACAUCAUGGAUUUAAUUUUAAUAAAAUCUAGUGUUCUAAUUGAAAAUAGUGUGUCCUUCUGCUCAACGGUUUGCCUAAAAAUGCACUUUAAUGUUUAUGACGUUUAUAAUUUCCCCUAGGGAUCAAUAAAGUAUUCUGAGUCUGAUAAACUUUUUUUAAAUUUAUUUAUUUUUUUAUUAGAAAUUAUGACCACUAGAUGGCAGCAGCACAUCUUCUCUGAUAAGGCAAAUUCAUUGCAGGAGGAACCGCACUCUAUUCGUUGAUCCUAAGUGAAAGGGAUCAAGACAUAAAGUACUUAAACAUGACUUCCUGAGCAACCCUAGUUUAGACAAAUACUCCUUAUGUACUUCUUUAGUCUUUUAACACAGGUAAAGAAGACGGUACUAAAUUAUUUAUUUUAUUGUAAUCACUGUGUAUGAGUUGGGUUUCAACGCACUGAUCACACCACAGUUGGGGAGUCAAUAUCAUAGUAUAUUGCAGAGAGGAAUGGGGAUUAGGUCUCAUUCAAAGACAUGGUGGUUACAGAACUUCUGGGCCUGGGAUUAAAAGGUAAAAUGCAUCUUUAAAGAUGAUGUGUCUGUGAUGUGCUAAUUAUCAUGUUUAUUUUUUUCAAACAGGGGCUCUAGACUCAGGCUGUGGAGGGGCUUCCUGGGAUGCCCUGACCACUUCUUCAAUACCCAUGUGAUUUUUUUUGAAUGCUCUGUUGCAUGUUGUAUCUUUUAUCUAUACCAUCCUUCAGGUUUUGUUUUGCCUUUUGUUGUUCAUGGUCUUUCUUCUCUUUCCCAGCUGGCCAAGGCAGAUGUUGGUCUUCUCUGAGUGUGAUUCUGUCUCACAUAUAAACCUAAUGAAAGGGAGUUCCUUCUCUCGACUGUUGCCAAGUGCCGGUUCAUAGGGUGCUUUGUGAUUUUGGGGUUCUUGCUCUGAUAUUGUAGGGUCUAUCCUGGUUUGAGCUGGUGCAAUGCAAAUAUAAUUAAAUUAAAUUGUAUUUAUAAUGUGCCAAUUCACAACAACGGUCACCUCAAGGCACUUAAUUUUGCAAGAUACAAUAUUAGAAUGAAACCCUAACAAUCACACAACCCUCUAUGAGUAAGCACU